AUGCUGCGGUUGGAUCGGGGCUGGCCCCCGAGUGACCAAAAGAACAACUUCCGUAGGUUGAUGGGCGUCAGGACCCCAUUUUGUUUGGGUUGUGUUUUGUUUUGUGUGCUGAUGGAGCUGGAAUGUGACCCACAGGCGCUGCUACAUAAGGUGCGCUUGGAGCUCAAAGAGAGCUCCGUCGUCCAGCAGCGCCUGCGCGCAUUCGAAGCCGAAUCGAGCCGGGGGAUCCCUUCUGCGAGCGAUUGCGAGGCGAUCGAGGACGAGAUCGACGGCCUCCUGUGGGAGAGCAUCCCAAAUCUGCUGUUUCCCGGCUUCGCGCCUCUGGACAAGCGCUUGCUGGAGUCCGGGGUCUGGGUCGGGGAUUGCCGGCUCGUGCACUCGUACGCGACCCACAAGCGCGUCUUGUUGGCGGUCAAUGGGCAGCAUGAGAACGUGGUGAUCAAGGUGCACAACAAGCGUAGCGUCACUGAUGCCACACAGGUGGAAUGCAUCUACAAGGAGUUCUGCUUCUUGAAGCACACUCUUCACCACCCGCACAUCAUCCGCUGCGAAAGCAUGCUGCACAGCCGGUGCAACGUGCACCUGGUUCUCCAGCAUGGUGGCGACGUGUGCAUGGAGCAGGUUUUGUCGACUCGUCCAGGCCAACGCUUGUCCAGGGACGACGCCUUCGAAUGCAGUGCACAGGUUGCGAGUGCCCUGUCCUACUGCCAUGCCCUGGAUGUCGUCCAUGGGCAAGUGUCAUUGAGGCACGUGACGGUAGAGAUGGCCUGCAGUCGGCACAUUUGCCGCCUGGUGGAUUUCAGCAUGGCAGCCCACGUCCCAGACUCCAGCACAAGAGAGACCUAUUGCAGCUCUCUGCGCUCUCUGCCAUGCGUCGCUCCGGAGACAGCGCUGGAGGAGCCCUACCUUCCCAAGCCUGCAGACUGUUGGAGCCUUGGGGUGGUGUUCCUGGAGAUCGCCUGCGGGCAGGGCUCGCUCGAGUUGUCGGUCCAGUGGCGUCGUGAAGAGCCCCUCGCACGAGCCGCGUGGCAGAUACUCGAGUUCUUUGCCCGGGCCGGCUGUCACACCGAGGCGAUGACCAAGAUGGGCAACGUGCACGACGGCACAGCAUCGGUCUGCUUGCAGGCGGUGCUGACACCCGAGCCAGCUCGCAGAGCGAGUGCUGCCGACAUGGUGGGGUUGCUCGCUAUGGGGCACGUGGAGGUGGAAUCUGAUUCAGCAGUCCGUGUGUAG